CACUUCAGUUCUGUACCAUUGAUUGAACCACUUCCUUCGCACGUUCCUUUUUCCAUACGAUGGCUCAACCCGAACCCGUAAACUAUCCAGGGGUCAAAUUUUCGGUCAAGAUAAAGUGUGGCCUAUCGAAGCCCUUCAGGGCUAAGUGCGUUACCAUUUUUCAUGUGGUUUUCAUGACAAUUUUGGUGUUGUGGUCCCUCGUUUCCUGUUUCGAGCCUGGCAUACACCAUAUUCAAAUUGUGUGGAUGCGGCUCACAGUUUGGCCUAUCGUCCUCUUUCUUCAUUUUGUUUUACAAGCCACCAUAUUCACUGCAAUCCGUAAUGGUAAAACCAAAAUGUUGGAUAAAUGCUUAGUGAUUCUUGGGGCGAUUGUGGUCACCGGAGUGCUGCUUAUUCUCGGGAUGUGGUUCAUGGUCUAUGUCCAGGGGUGCUUCAGCUUGGGGGUGGCGGUGGUGGCAUCACACUUCCUUCAUCUCUAUCUGAUCUUUGUCCUCUUCCAGUUCAACCAGGAGCUCAAGAACAACGUCAAAUGCAGAGAUGAUCAGUUUUCAUGUACAAGUAGGAGCAUCCUCCGUCCAUAAUUUUAAGCAUUCGGUUUCUGGACUUUCUCUCAUGUACAUAUGUAGAAUUUACGAAUACCUAUGUCAAUUACCUAUGUAAGCUAAACCUAAAAUAAUAUCUCCCUUAUACUUAUGUACGUAUGUUUUACAAAGUCCUGUAGAACGUACCACCUACCAUUACUUAUGUAAAUUUGUUCAAUAGUUUAACACAAUUGAAAACGCUGAUACAAUAAAACGCUACUUUCAAUCUACAUAUGUA